AUGGCCGUGGAAUUUAGCGACCUCGCCAGUGGGUUCCGCCACGUCGAGGUGAUCAGGUUCAUUAACAACGAAGUCAUCAUGAACGGUGGGGGCCCAGAUUUCUACUUGGCCUUACGCUCGCGGCCCUGGAACGAAAUAGAGGAUCGGCUCCGGGCGGUGGUGGCCAACCCGCAGGUGCCGCGCACCCUCAAGAGGGCCUGCGCCUGGAGCGCGCUGGCUUUGAGCGUGCGCGUGGGCGCCAGGCAGCGUGAGCAGCAGGCCUGCAGGAUCCGGCAGCUACAGGAGCAGGUAGAAAAGUGUGAGGCGACUUCCUGGGCUCUGGCCUCGGAGCUGCAGCGGCUGCGAGAAGAGCGUCAGGAGGCGGCCACUCAGUUGCAUUUCAUGUGGGUCACCCUGCAGCAGAUCCUGAAUGAGCACAAUGUUUUGUAUGGGCAACUGCUCCAGGCCCAGAGUUCCACCCACGUGACCACGGUGGCUGGUUUCCAGAAUAACAUGGCCCUCGGGAGCGAGAGGAGCUACCAUCAGGAGGGAGGCCCUGAUAUUCUCCAGGUUACAGUCCCCCCAAGGGACAUCAACAGCCAAAGCCAAGAAAAUCUAGAAGCAACCCAGGGGGUGUUCAUCCCAGACAAUAGCAAUCGCCAUAGCCAGGCACAAGGUCCAGAGAGUCUCCAGAUGCCAGUUUUCCCGUGGGUUAGCAGGAGCCUUAGUCAGGCAGAAGGUCCAGAGAAAACCCCAAGAAUGAUCCCCCUGGGGGACAAUGGAAAACAGAGCCAAGAAGAGGAUCCAGAAAAAUCCCAGAGCUUGCUCUACCUGGGAAAGAACAAGAGCCAAAGGCAGGAGGAAGAUCUGGAGAGGCCACAAGACAGAAGCCAAAGUCAGGAAGAAGGUGCAGAGAGGCCCAAGCAGGUGGCUUCCCUAGAGUAUGGCAAAAGCCACACUGAGAAAAAAGGUCCACACAGGCCCCAGGCAACCCUCCAGGGGUAUAGCCAGGCUGUGAGAGGAAAGCCAAAGGAACAGCAGGCUCAUGGAGAAAAGGCUAAGCAACCAGAAGGAGAAAAAGCCUCAGAUUCCCAGCUUGGUGAGAAGCCUGCAUCAGGCAGCAGGCCAGUGGAUUGGAGCUGCCGGGGGUGUAAGGCCUUGAAUUUUCCAUGGCGCAAAACCUGCUAUAGAUGCAAGAAGUUCUACAUGGCAGCUGAGGGUGGACACCCUGAGCCAAGACAAGCUCUGGAAUGUGAGGAAGGUGGUGGAACCUGGAUGACUGGUGCUGAAUGGGUGAAACCUUGGAGAAGCCAAAGUCGUGAAGAUUUUUUUUGA